UUUCAUUUCGUCAAGGAAAUAUUUCAGUCUGGUGAAUUGAUUCAUGUUAUUUUAUGCUCUACUACAUAACACAGACAAACAAAUGCGAAUAAACGUACACUGUAAAAUACAUCCAGCUAAUAUUAAAGUGAAACAUAUUAGUAAUUCAACUGUGGGUAAUGAAUAAAUAUAAUAUAGGUUAGAGCAACAAAUGUUAGACUAUGAACAAAAUUAAAACAGCCAUAUACAAAAUGUUCUCCUUACUCUUUUAUGUUUAAUGGCAAAUCCCAAUAAUUCUGCUUUAAUUUGAUUAGAAGAGAUGGUUGGUGUUACACUAUUUUCAUGUAUUCAGAAUAUUCUAAAUCUAUAAAAAGCGGAAGUUAAAAAAAGUCUUAAAGUAGCCAAGCUUAUUCCGUUUUUUUUGACACAUUUGUUGUGAUUCACAAUAAGUUUGUGUGUUACAGGGAACAAAGAGAUAAACCCAAGAUCCAUACCUGACAUGCUGCCCAAUGGCCAUUAAUUACAAAAAGAGGGAAAAAAACAAAACAGGCAAAUAAAAUCAGAUAAAAAAAUAUCCUAAAACAAAAGUUAGAUAUUGUUGUGUUUUGAGACUCAGACACAUUGCAAUUAAUCCACACAUAUUCUGUCCCCAAAGAAUCACUGUGUUUUUUUACUAAUCCACAAGGUUCUCCUUUAUCCUUGCCUGGUCUUAUGGUUUAUUACUGACCUGCCUCUAAUGGCAUCAGCUGGAGGCAGCGGUUCAAACUGCAUCCACCUCGCCCAUAUUUCCAUAGAUGGAACAUGGAUGGGUAAGAAAGUAGGAGUUUGACUGCGCUGCUGUGGACUCAAUGCCCCGACAGUGUCCGUGUUGGUGCAGGAGCUUGAGGCCUGCUUCCAUACAUCCCUGCCCUGGCUUUGUUGAUCCUAUUGUCUUUUGCGUCACCCACACGUCGCCCAGCAAAUAAAGGCCGUCUGGCUCCAAGCUUAAAUAUUGCAGCAAACUAAAAACCAACCAUCAGACUCGAUUCAUUCACAUCUGCUCAGUGGGGCGACAAGGACAGGGCUUUAGGUGGGAAAGAGGGCAGAAAAAAGUUCACUUUCCCCUGCCGGGUGCCAAGAGAACGGGACAGGACUCAACUUUGCGGGAGCCGCAGCUGUGUGUCCCUCCCUACCCCACCCUUCAUUUUGCAGUGCUACGGACCGAUCAUGGGUGACUGGAGUUUUCUGGGUAAUAUUUUAGAGGAAGUCAACGAGCACUCUACGGUGAUCGGCCGGGUGUGGCUCACGGUGCUCUUCAUCUUCCGUAUCCUCAUCUUGGGCACGGCAGCAGAAUUCGUGUGGGGUGACGAGCAGUCCGACUAUGUUUGCAACACACAGCAGCCUGGAUGCGAGAAUGUGUGCUAUGAUGAGGCCUUCCCAAUCUCCCACAUCCGCCUGUGGGUUCUGCAGAUUAUUUUUGUGUCCACGCCGUCUCUGGUGUAUGUUGGCCACGCUGUGCACCAUGUCCACAUGGAGGAGAAACGUAAGGAACGAGAGGAGGCAGAGCUUAGUCGGCAACAGGAACUGAGCGAGGAGCGUCUACCUCUGGCACCUGACCAGGGAAGUGUCCGAACAACCAAAGAGACCAGCACCAAAGGAAGCAAGAAGUUUCGCCUUGAAGGCACCCUGCUGAGAACCUACAUAUGCCACAUAAUCUUCAAGACACUAUUUGAAGUGGGUUUUGUGGUAGGCCAGUACUUUCUUUAUGGCUUUCGCAUCCUACCACUGUACAAGUGCAGCCGCUGGCCCUGCCCAAACACAGUGGACUGCUUUGUGUCUCGCCCAACAGAGAAGACUGUCUUCAUCAUCUUUAUGUUGGCUGUGGCCUGUGUCUCGCUAUUUCUCAACUUUGUGGAAAUUAGUCACUUGGGUCUGAAGAAAAUUCGCUUUGUCUUUCGUAAGCCAGCUCCAGCCCCAGCCCAAGGUGACAGUACCACCCCGAUGCCGCCACAAGGAAAAGGUCUGCCCCCGCUGGCUGUUUCCUCUUUGCAGAGAGCAAAAGGUUACAAAUUGCUAGAGGAGGAAAAAGUUCCACCUUGCUCUCAUCUCUACCCUCUUGCUGAAGUUGGGAUGGAGGCUGGCAGAGGGACCCCACCCUUCCAGGAAGUGAAGGUGGAGGAAGUGCUGCCCAUGGAGGACAUCUCUAAGGUGUAUGAUGAGACUCUGCCUUCCUACAGCCAAACAACUGAGACAGGGGGAGUGACGUUGACGUUACAAGAAGAGCAAGCUGAGGAGGUGCCGCCACCAGAGGUGGAAGCAGAGAGAAUAGAGGAAGGUCUAGAUGAGGAUGUGGAGAUAGAGGAAGCUGUGAACACAGAGGUGGUAACCCCUGCCGAGCCAGAGGUGGAGGCGACGGAUACGAUAGAAGAUACCAGACCUCUGAGUCGACUGAGCAAAGCAAGCAGCAGGGCCAGGUCAGAUGAUCUCACCAUAUGAACCUGUAAGAGAAAGCAGAGUCAUGCUUUUACAAAUUCAACAUCAGAGAGAACAUAUGCAAUGAAUUCAAAGCAGUGCAGGUAGAUGAAAAAGUUGAUGAAAAAGAAUAUGGACAGGGAUAGAGAAAAAAGCUUCUGCAGAAAGCAAAAAAAAAAUAUAAAUAAAUAAAAAUAAACAAAGCAAUUAAAACGGUUCAGAGUGUUUGAGGUAAAAUGGAAUAUAAAAGUAGGGCUUAAAGAGGGGACUUUUUUACUUAGUGUGUACUUAUUUUAAAAACAGGAGAUGUUUUUACUUAAUGAAAAUCUUAUUUUCAGUUUUUAGACAUCUUUUCUAUUGAAAGAGUUGUAGCUAUGUAUAAUGGAGAAAUAGGCACUUGUAUACAAGAGUAGAGUAGAUAGGGGAAGGACUCCUAGAAUGUCUGCAAGUCGAUGCUUUUGCUGCAGAUGGACGAUGACUUUCGUAUUCAGGCAGUGACAGUGAAAAGCUAACUAGUGGCCACAGACAUUUCUGUCUAAGAAUGUUUCUGCACAGAACACAACUGCUGGCAAAGUUAACAGGUACACAGAUGUUUAGAAGCAACAGUCUGUUUUAGGUUCAGAGGGGCGUACUUCUUUUGCACAUUCAGAGACUUCAACUCUGCAAGGCCUUUAACCCUCAUAACACCUCAUCUACUCAUCCAUUUAUGCAAGAUUCUUUCAAGAGAAGAGGGAUUUGCAUCAGUUACAGAGCAUUUCUCUCCUUUUUGUGUUUAUGUGCUAGACGGUAAAGCCGGAGCAUAGUCUUUAAGAAUAAAAAUUAUUAAAAAAAAAAAAUAAGAACAGAUGUUGAAUGUUUUUUUCAUUGUGAUUUGCAUAUUUUUAUUUUAGAUAUGUAGCUUUUAAUGAAACAGUGUACUGUGUAAUCAGCCCUCCGUGGAAGAGAGAGCAGGGCUCAUUUGAACCAAUCAGAGAGGGGACUGCCGUAGUGACCUCAGGCUAACUCCUCUUUUUGCGUGCUGUACAAAUAGGCGUACAGGCGAUAAAGAUCAUGCAGCAUCAGCACAAACUAUUGUUGUGGAUGAGACAAUAAAAGAAACCGUGCUCAUCAAUGAAAACAGGCAUCCUUGACCUGGGAAAUCACAUUUUAUCUUAACCUCACAUACACAUUGUUAUUUAUCAGGACAGUAAAAAAGACACACUAUAAAAUGCAUAGGUUUCAGAGCAUCUCUUCAACAUGCCAAAAACAAUUUUGAUUAAAUACAUCACCAUUAAAGCAACUGAUUUCAGAUAUUAGAAUUGUUGGAAGAAAUAUGAUUUAUAGGGUUAAGAAAGAUUCUAACAAAACUAUUAAAUCUAAUACAAUCCUUGCAAGUAAAUCUUUUUGAGUUAAGUGGUACAUUUACCUUUAUCAAUAACAAGGGUUUUAAUUUAAAGUGAAAACAAAUGUUCACCCUCAAUCUAGCAAAAUUGUUUAAUUCAUAUGGGUUUUUUUUCUCCAUGCUGUACAACUGUUUGCUUUAUCUGUAAAUGUGCAUUCUUGAUUGUAGAAAGUGGAUGUAUUUUUCUGAGACAUCUGUAAACAUCACAUUUCUCUUUUCUUUUUUUCAAGACAUUAAUAUGUUAUGUUCUGUGUGUUUCAUGUUCCAUAUCCACAAACUCCACAUACUCAUAAAAUAAUGUGCCUGUAAAGCAGUUGUAGUGAUUUGAGCAUCAAUUCCCAGUCUUCAUGCUGCAUAAAUUUGUGCCAUUUAUGUAGCAUUCAAAGUGUUUUUUGUCAAGAUUAUAAUUGGACAAGUACUUCUCCCUUAGCGGAGGCAUAUAUAUAUCCCCUUUGUGACCCCCUCUACAUCCCCUCAUAUCUGCACACCUUCAUGAUCCAAUGCCAAAACAAGUUAAAAGUGCACAAUGAUGUCAUGCUCCAAAGAUAACACUGGGUCUUUUUUUACAUUAAAUGGCUGGUAAUGUAUGAAUUUUUUUUGUACUUUGAAACUGUAGAAUUACCUGUAUGUUUGCAUGAAGACACAAUGAUUAAUAUUUGGGAAAAAACAAAACAGAAGAAAAAACAAAUCCUUUUUACUAACUUGUAGUC